AUUUUAUUUUUCUUAUAUCGCGUGGAUUCUUAUUUUGUUUUUUUCUUCAUAGCUCACAACAAGUGGUAUUUCAAGAGUUUCCUCUCGAUCUGCAUUCCGGUUAAGUUUAUAUGGAAAACAACUUCAGCUUUUGCGUCUUUUUUGUUUGAUUGUUUCGGGUUAUAUUUAUUCGUUUUACGUCAUCGGUAUCGUUCAGUGAUAUCAUAUUCUGGUGAAAACGUGCAAGAGAAAUUUUUCGAUGACUGUUCAGUACAAUCAGUUUGUCCUUACGGGAGGUCCUGGAAUAUUUUUCCGCCUUCUCUUAAAAUGGAGAGGAGGUGUUUUGAAACUGAUUUCGCUUGAUCUCAUUAUUUUUGCUUCUAUUUAUAUAUUGAUUAGCUGCUUGUAUCGGUUUGUAAUCACUGAGAACGCACAAAGAAAUUUCGAACGUCUGAUUCUAUUUACUUCCAAAUUCCAAGCCAUGAUUCCGGUUGCAUUUAUCCUUGGCUUUUAUGUUGCCUUAGUUUUCGCACGCUUUUGGAACUAUUUCACGACGAUUCCGUGGGUAAUGAGCUUUGCACUCACUCUUGUUACCCACCUUCCCGGUAGCGCGGAACGCAAUCGCUUGAUACGUCGGACAUGCAUGAGAUAUAUUAUGGCAAAUCUAAUAAUUACAACUGCACAUCUUAAUGUCGUAGUCAAGAAGCGGUUUCCAACUUUUGAGCUUUUUGUUGCUUCAGGCAUACUUACCGAAGAUGAGGCAAGAAUUAUUAGGAGUGUACAAUCUGUUCAUAUGCAACCAUUUGUUCCUGUUGUAUGGGCGACUUCUCUUAUCACCUUAGCUAGAAAAGAAGGACUAAUCAAAAACCCUCAUGCAUACGUUCUUUUGGUAAAUGAACUUAACACUUUCCGUCAAAAAAUAUUAUAUGUAAUGAUGAUGGAUGAUGUUUGUAUUCCAUUGGUUUAUACACAGGUUGUCACACUAUCUGUAUACUCCUAUUUUGUCGCAUCUCUUAUAAGUAGUCAAUUCAUCAUCAGCAGUUCACCUUUUGCAGGCAUAGCACGUUCGCAUGAUGUUUUCUUCCCGUUUUUCACAUUUCUGGAACUUUUUGUUUAUGUGGGAUGGCUAAAAGUUGCUGAAACACUUGUGAAUCCAAUGGGAGAAGAUGAUGAAGAUAUUGAUAUUAAUGAGAUAAUCGACUUUAAUUGGAGAAUUUCGUGGUGUGUGGUAGAUGGAGUGAGAACAAGUGCACCUGCCAUUGUACGAGACGCCCAUUGGAGACAAUCCGUUGUAGAACUUCCUCAUACGGAACGGUCAAGACGUCUAACUGUCGGAUCAAGGAAAGGGUCUAUUUAUGAUGUGAAUGUUCCUGUUGGUCCAGAACUACGCGAUCUUAUGGCAGCUUUAUCCACAGCACGACAGAUGCAGAUGUCAAGUGCAAACUCACCAGCUCCUUCAAAGUCUAUCUGUCCUAAUGAAAGUGACAGUCCACGCGGGGAAUCAGAUGACCGUAGACAAUCUUUUCCUUACACCACAACUACUAAUGUCGUUCAUGAACCCAUAAAAGAAGAGGAUGAAGAACUAGAAGAUGAACAGUCUGGAAAAGAUCUGGAGGAAAAUAAAGUAGAUGAUGAAAUUAACGUUCAUUGCGCAAGUAUGAACAUGAUGAUCUCCAUAGUGGAUAUUUGGCUGGUCAUAAGGUGAAAUCCCUAGCAAGGUUCAUGUGUUAGCAACCGUAAAUGGACGCGGAUAUGUGUUGUACAGCAAAUAAUUUUGAAGGAUGUCAUAAGUUAAAAAGUCAUCCUUUAAAGUAGAAUGUAUUGCCAGUAUCUUUUGAGACCUCUUAGAUUAUUUAUUCAAACUGGCGUGGUCCGUUUUCCGGCUAAUGCAAUGCACUUGUUUUCAUCGCUUAUUCUUCCAGUUGGGCCGCGGUUUUUUUCAAAGUUUCGGUAAGUAAUGAAUUUCCAAUCCAAGCAUUGAGAAAACCGUUCAUUCGGAAGGUCAACUUUAUGUUAUUGGUGACUUAUGUCUUCAAUUUUACCACAGAUGCAUUUACUAGCUGGCUGAACGGUAUAUGAUGUAAGCCUUCGCUCACUGCCGUCAGAGAUCCUUUUUUAACUGUAAGAUGGUAAAUUUCGACAAGACUUUAAAGGCUGCUGCUCCUUCAUAUGAUGAACUGGAGAGGGGUGUAGGCACAUCCCGACUCAAACGCAGUUAUGCCAUAGAUUCAGUGACGCAAGGGACUCCAUCAUAAUUGUUGGAAGAAAAGCUCUCUGCUUGAGAAUGAUAUAUUUUUGUUCUGUAGAAGUUUCAUAUUAUCUUGGAAAUGAUUGUCGACCAGCCACACGGAUUGUGAUGAAAAACUCUGAAAAACUGUUGGUGCAAACUCUAGAUACCAAUGUUAAAAGCACUCGCAACCGACAUCUUGAUCUGACAUAACUUCGAGGGCCACGUUGGUCUAUUCUGAAUUCCGUUGAACAUAUUCUUGAUCAUACAAAAGCUAUACCCAAUACACAGCAGGACGGGCAAAUGAUAGCUCUACGGAGAAGACACAUAAUGAAUUACAGAAAUCUGGAUUCGCAUUUGAGUGUCAGUUUUAGGUUGUUCUAUCAUGCUAAAUGUACUCCACUUUUCGAUAUAGCAUCGACGAUCUACCCUUUGAAUUCUUUUCACACAUGUUUGAUCAAACGGGUUUUUUGUAGUAUCGUAAGUAGUGAAAAUCGCGUGGCUUUGUUGUGGGAAAAUGAACUAGCGUUUAUUUGUACUUUGAAUGUAUAUCGUUCAUGAGUCAGUAUUAUAAUUGUCUCAGUGCUUUUCUAACACUCAGUUCUUGAGUGAACUGAACAUAUAAACUGAAGACAGGUGACAGAAGUCUUCAUAAAAUUAUAUGAUGAAAAUAGGUGGUAAAGGAAUGUACGGAAACCGUUAUACCAAACCAAACAUUUGUAAAAGAUAAACAAAAGCUAACAUCAAUCUAAAUAACCAUAACCCAAGCUUCUAGCUUUACUAUUAAAAUUAUACUGAAAAUAGAAGUGUGCUUCAGUCAGCCUGUAUAGGAUUUGUUUGUAGUACAGCCCGUAGUGACACCUCUGACAAGGGAUCUAGCCCAAGUCAUUUCAAUCCACAUGCCUAAUACGAACUCGCUUCCCUCGUACAAUUUCAAUCAUGUAUUAUUCAUACCCUUCUUUCCUGGUUGAACUCUAGUAACAACUCCACUAGCUCAUUUGAUAAAGUCACCUCAAACCCUAGUUAUAAGCAAAGCGAGCUAUCAAAGAACUACUUGUGUAAUAUAUGUCCUGGCAACGCUUGGUUGAUCUGUAAUAGGAAAACAGGUUUAGACCUGUUUGCACCCCUUCAUUAACACUACCCUUUAUGAUAUCUGAAUUAUGGACCGCUGAUAGUAUUUGUGACAUGCAUGUGACUCUUCAUAACUAUUUUUCAUCUCGAAGUUGGGGGUUACAUGGAGUAGGUGAAGGCUUUCUCUCAUAUACUCACCCUGACGUAAACUCAUUCUUACGUUACAUUCCAGAAUUAGGCAAACUAUGGAAUUUUGUGUGGAUUGCUUUGAAGCCCUCAAAUUCGGCUUCCCAACUAUUCAGCUAUGUUUACCGUUAACGUAACACGCCCCAUGCUCUGCAACUCCUGUUGCAUCAGGUAAUAGUGGGAGUGGACUCAUUUCACACAUGUUGCUGGAUGACUCUAUGUCUAACUUAAUAAUGAGUUCUCACGAACAGAUGGUAUCGAUCUUAUUAAGAGCGAAUUAGCCGCUGUCUAUAAGCAAUUAAGUGAUAUGCGUUCUAAAGUGGAGUCACUUGCGGGCUCUUUAUUAAAGCAUGAUGAUCUUAAACUAGAACUAAAGACACUGUCACCCCUUCGACUGCUGUUGUCAAAGGAUAUAGUUACUUUUGAACUCGAAGACAGGAUCAAAGUAGAAUCCGUUAUUGACUCGAUAGCUAGCGAAGUCACCAAGCGAAUAAUCUCACGAAAUAACGUGAUUAUAUAUAAUAUACCUGACAAAGUUGCCAUUAAAACUGUAAGAAACUCGAUACUAAAGGUAGCUAAUCUCCAGGACAGUCCAUACCAAUGUAUC